ACAUAUUCAACUGUUAGUAGUUGGCCUGCACACUCUUCACAAUGGCCUUAAACUAAGUCAAUUUUAAUCAGUAUAGUUUAAACUUAAAAAUUAAAAAAAUUAGCAUCACUUUUGAGGAUUCACCUGAAUUAAAAUAUUAGGACAUGCACAAAUAUAUUUUGAGGCUUCAUUAGGUUACCUAGAACAUGUUUGUCAUGAAGAUAAAAGACCACCUCCCACUUAUCUGCAUUUUCCUAACUCAUAAUAUCUCUCCCUCUAUAACUUCCGCACACAUAAUCUGUCACUACACGAACUAAUCGUCGGUCUCAUAACAACAAUAAUCCGAAAACCUUAAUUAUGAUUUUGUCGAAAAGAAUUCUUCCGAUUUUUCUGCUGAGGCUCCUGGCCUUGGGUGCCACCGUGUCUGCAACUGUACUCAUGGUCACCAGCCACGACUCCGCUUUGGUCUUUAACAUCAAAUUCGAAGCCAAAUAUACGAAUUCGCCCACUUUCAAGUACUUUAUAUUGAUAAAUGCAAUUGCAAGUGGUUACACACUUAUACUACUAUUUUUGUCAUGUAAGAGUUCAUUCGGGCACUUGAUCUUGGCUCUAGAUUUGAUUGUGACAUUGUUGUUGGAAUCGAGCAUAUCGGCAUGUAUAGCGAUAGGGCAAGUGGGGAAGAAAGGGAACAGCCAUGCUGGUUGGCUGCCGAUUUGCGGACAAGUUCCGAAGUUUUGCGAUCAUGUUACGGGAGCCAUGAUUGCUGGUUUUGCAGCUGCACUUGCUUAUUUCCUCAUACUCGUCUACUCUCUUCACAAUCUUAUUAGUCUUUUCACUCUCAAUACUUAGAAACGUUUCUUUUUUUAUUCUUUAUUUAUUUGAAUUCACUCUGUUUUUCCUUCUCAUCAGAUAAUUGUCAUUUGUACUAUUUGGUAAUUGGUAAUAGAUAUU